GAAGUUCAGUUUGCACCUGAGAAGCAAUAGUCAAUAUAAACUCAAAGAUCUCUUUAGCGAAUUGAAAACAAAGCAAAGAUGGUGGACAAAAUUGAAAUGAGCCUUGACGAUAUCAUCAAGUCGACCCGCACGCAGAAAAAACCACAGGGUGCUCGCGGCGGCCCCGGCGGAGCACGUCGGCCGGCUGGACAACAGCGUUUUGCGGCUGGCGGCGGUCCUCGUCGCGGCGGUGGAGCCGGUCCAUCGCCAAGGAAACCAGCUCCAGCAAGCGGUGCUGGCGGCGUGCUCAAGGGUCGCCGUAGUGGCGGUGCCGGUGGUGGCGGCGGCGGCGGCGGGGCCAUACAAAAGGCAAAAUUCGCACGGGGCGAUGUGAACAGCGCUUGGAAGCACGAUAUGUAUGAUGGACCCAAGCGCGGUGCUCCCAGCUCUGGAUCUGGCCCAACCCUCCUGAUUGUUAACAAUCUGGAUUACGGCGUCUCGAACAGCGACAUCAAGGAGCUAUUCAAUGAAUUUGGACCGAUUAAGAAGGCAGCCGUGCACUACGAUCGUUCAGGUCGCUCUUUGGGCACCGCAGAUGUAAUCUUCGAGCGUCGCACCGACGCAUUGAAGGCAAUUAAACAGUACAACGGAGUGCCAUUGGAUGGACGUCCCAUGACCAUACAACUGGCCGUUUCCGAUGUCAACGCCUUGACCCGUCCAGUGGCCUCAGGGGAUAUCAAGCAUCGUGUGGGCGGCGGUGCCGGUGCAGGGGCUCCAUACAAACGCGGUGGUGGCCAGGCCGGCGGACCACGUCGCGGAGGCUUGCGACGCCCGGCCCCGGGCGGUGGCGCCCCCAAGCCCGCUGGCGGAGCACGCCGCGAGCGGAAAGCCCCACCCACUGCCGAGGAGCUCGACGCCGAACUGGACUCGUACAUUAAUGACAUGAAGAUCUAAAUAGUUAAUAGUCUGAUAUUUUAGUCUAACACAAAAAAAAUGAACACCCCACUAGUCUUAAGGUUUACCAUAAAGACGGAAUAUCCCUAUGGUACAAUAAUCUAAUUCUACAUCAGCAACGACGCCGCGCAAAGGAAAGAACACGAAAAGGAAGUUUGGAACGAGUUCUCUUUUUAUCUUAAAAGAGAUGGACACAUUUAAUUUGUAAUGCGCCUACUGUGUGUGCGCAGAUUAAUAUUGCAAUGUGGCGAACAUAGUUGAAAUACAAUUGAGCUGUAUUUAUUUAAAAUAGAAAUAUGCUUUAACGAACUGAGAACGAACGAA